UCGAGGGGUGGGACAGGAAUCAACUCUGGACAAAAUGGCGGCCGUUGUUGUUUUGCCGCAGGGCCAGUGAAUAACAAGAAUUUGUCUCGCCCAAAUUCUGCGGUCGCUUGCAGAACUGUCGCCACCAGAAGACCCAGGCGUCCCCGGGUCGGCUGCGCGUGGACCGAAAUGAAAGGUAAAGAGCGGUCGCCGCUGAAAAAACGCUCUCGGGCCUUGGACGACAUUCGCGAUAGGGGAGGAUGCCAUCCGAGCAGCAAGAAAAUGGGCGCGCUGUCCCUGUCCGGCGGGAGUAAUAAUAAUGGCAAUAGCUCGGGUAAAAGUGACGGCGGUUCGACCAGGAGGAGUCUUCUCGGCGACAAAAGAGACCGGGACUUCGACGGCCACGGUCGGCUUGGAAAUAAUCACAACUGUCAGCCCGUCGGCUCAGCGAGCAAGAACCACAGCAGCCUGAGCCUCUCGCUAGAUUUGGCCGGGGCGAGGAGCACGUCGCGCGGGGACCAGCGGCUCCCGGCUCUCGGGGCAGAGGGUGAGUACAAAACCCUGAAAAUCAGCGACCUGGGGAACCAACUUAGCGACGAGGACGUCGAGGACGGGCUAUUUCACGAAUUCAAAAAAUUCGGCGACGUCAGCGUCAAGCUGAGCCGCAGCAACGACGAGAGAAUCGCCUUCGUCAACUUCCGGAAGCCAGAGGACGCCCGGGCGGCCAAACACGCCAGGGGCCGGCUAGUGCUUUACGACAGACCACUCAAGAUAGAGGCGGUGUACAUUAGCAGCUCGAGGAGCCGCUCACCAGUCGAGAGAGACCUCUACAGCGCCGCUCCGAGCCACAGACACUUGCAGCGGCCGCUUUCGCCAACCGGCCUCGGAUACAGAGACUACCGCCUGCAGCAGCUGGCCUUGGGCCGGCUACCCCCUCCCCCCCCGCCACCCCUGCCCAGAGAACUGGAGCGGGACCGGGAGUUCGCCCUGUUCGAGGCUCGAGCCAGGCCGGCAUUCAUCGCCGAGCGGGCUGCCUUCCGAGAGGAGGAUUUAUUAUCGCCAGAAGAUGACCAAAGAGCCAAUCGGACCUUGUUUCUCGGCAACUUGGACACAGGGGUCACUGAGGCCGACCUGAGGAGAGCCUUUGACAGGUUUGGCGUCAUCACGGAGGUGGACAUCAAGAGGCCUGUAUGGGACCAGACGAGCACGUACGGAUUUUUGAAAUUUGAGAACCUGGACAUGGCUCACCGUGCCAAACUCAGCAUGUCUGGGAAAAUAGUGGGCUGCAAACCAAUUAAGAUAGGCUAUGGAAAAGCCACACCCACCACACGUCUGUGGGUGGGGGGGCUAGGACACUGGGUGCCCUUGAACGCCCUCGCCAGAGAAUUUGAUCGCUUCGGCACCAUCAGGACUAUAGACUACAGAAAGGGGGACACAUGGGCUUACAUUCAGUACGAAAGCCUGGAUGCGGCGCAAGCGGCGUGCACGAACAUGCGGGGAUUCCCUCUCGGGGGCUCCGAGAGGAGACUUCGUGUGGAUUUCGCGGACACGGAGCACCGUUACCAGCAGCAGUUCUUGCAGCCACUCUCCAUCGCGCCCUUCGACAUGGUGGCAGAGUCGUUUGUCCACCGCAAUGCGCAGGAACCUCUAAGGGUCAGAGAACGGAGUCCCCCGCCACUUCAUUUCAGAGACAGGGAGCUUUUCCCUGGCGCCGACUGGCCCAAUCCGCCAGCUUUCCGAGACAGGGUGCGAGCUUCCUUUGAGCCCCUGGAGCACUUGGACCGUGAGCGGCGAGCACGCGAGCCCUGGUCUCUGGAGCGGGAGCUGCACGGGCGGGAGCCGGCACGCAAGCGGCGCCUCAUGGACGACAGGCGCCACCUGGACUACUCGCCCGAUAGCUCUGACAGGACAAUAAGGCGUCGGCGCAACUCUCCGGACGGCAGCCCCGGUGGCAGUAGCAGAGACGGUGGCCGAUUCAGCGACCCGGAGCGCCCCCCGCGGAGUGAAAGACUUUCCCCUGCACGAGAGCGUCACAGCAGCCUGGAACGAGGCGGGACGGAGAGGAGACUCAGAGGUAUUUCUGAUAAGGGCCCGUCGGGCGGCAACAUUUCACUAGUCGGAGAACGUAAACGUAAAGCCGGCGAGGGCGGCAAAGGAACGGCAAAGAGGGACCGCUCCGAGGGUUCAUCCAGAAGCACGCAACAGUCCAAAUCGGACAGUGCCAAGCUGACUCUGGCCUGGCAGGGUAUGCUGCUGCUGAAGAACAGCAACUUCCCGGCCAACAUGCACCUGCUGCAGGGCGACCACGGCGUGGCCAGCGAGCUGCUCACCGACGGGACCACCGGCAAGCAGGUGUGCGAGCUGAAGAUCACCCAGCGCCUUCGCCUUGACCAGCCCAAGCUCGAUGAGGUUUCCCGGCGCAUCAAAGCGGCGGGCCCCGGCGGCUAUGCCGUCCUCCUGGCGGUUCCCGGUGCCGCCGAGGACUCGUCGUCUGACCCGGCCGUCUCCACUCAGCGGCCGCUCCGCAACCUGGUGUCCUACCUCAACCAAAAGCAGGCGGCGGGUGUCAUCGGUUUGCCUGUGGGCGGGAGUCGUGAUAAGGACACUACGGGGAUCCUCCAUGCUUUCCCUCCAUGUGAUUUCUCUCAGCAGUUCCUUGAUUCCACUGCCAAAGCUCUGGCCAAAAGCGAAGAAGACUAUCUGGUCAUGAUUGUGGUCCGAGGUGCAUCUUAAAACAAACAAGCUAACGAGUCAGAGAAUUUAAACAAAAAAAAAAAAAAAAAAAUCAACAACAAACUGCUGUAAUUCAGUAACCAUUGCAUGCUGUGAUUUGCAUUUUGGGCUACACUAGUAUGGUUCUUGAAUGUUGUAUCUUGUCAUGUUAUCCACUAAAACCACCGGCGGCUCCUAUCAAGUGCUGCAAACAAAAAAGGGCAUGUGAUUUUUUUAAAUGUGCUGAGGUUGUACGACCACACAAAAUCCGACACGAUAAUUAGGAUAUCUUAAAACAAACAAUACGUGUUGGGGAGGAGGAAAUUCAAAUCGGAGCCAUACAGGAUGUAGACACAAUAACGUUUUCAAAACCACAAAUAUAAUGUGUAGAAAGUUACCGGUAGAAAAUAUUUACAGUUAACUACAUGUAAACUGGACAGUGUUAUGUGAUUCUGGCUUGUAGCAUACGGUAAAUUUUAUUGUGUCUACUGCUCCACACCAGAGUGUCAGGCGGGAUCAAUGUCAACGUGUGCACAUAAUUACUUUUUAUAUCCAGUUAAAAAACAAAAAAAUGGAAUUCGGUACAAUAAUCCAACAAUUUCAUUCAUGUCACGUUGCUUCUCUCCAUAAUGCCACCUUUGAUUUGUUUUUGUUUUUUUCCCUUUGUCUAACCAAGAUUUAUUGAAGAGUUAAUGUACGAGUAAUGACAAGUGCAGAAUGACAGGUGGCACUCGGGGCAGAAUUUUGACAUGGUUGAACUUUUGGUGCUCUUCGAUAGUUUAAAGAAUUGACUAGCAUUCUUUUGUGUGCAAUCUUAAUGUUAGACUGCAGCCACACAAGAAGGCCAGAAGCAUUAAAAUAUGAAUUUUUGAAUGUUUAUGGAAACGUCUGCUUUUACCAAAUGGGGAUGAUGGCGUCAAAUUAAUCUUAAUUUGUAGCUACUGCAAGACAAAAAGUGCAGUAGUUUUCUACACUAACCCACACUCAAGGAAUAGUGCUGAGCAAUUCAGUAUGUGUAUUGUAAUCAAAGUAUUUAACAUUUUAGUAUAAUGGAGACGGACCAGAAUCAAGGAGAGUGAUUAUAUUUUUUCUGAUUUUGCAAUUUAUGGGUAUAUGCUUAAAAUGAUUUUAUGUUCUAUUAACCACUGACACACAUAACUCCCAAAUUCCAAAUACCUUUGGAAAUAUUGUGAAGACAUUUAAGCACAAAAAAAAAAAAAUGAAUUUGCAAAAAAAUAAAUGGCCAAAUGGAUUCAUUUUCCCCUCCUCUUAAUUUUUCCCGAGCUGUAUAGAAAAUGGGAUUUUAAUAAUGAGCCACCCACAUAUUCCUAUUUUAUGAACGUAUGUCCCCACAUUUGAGGUGUUACUUAAAUAUGGCUUCCUCAUCCUCUGUUUAUAUGGUGCAUUAUUAAUAUUUGAUGUGAGGUUAAGUCUCAAAAUGAAAAAUAUAUCCCAAAAUAAUGUUAAAAUCUCAAAAUGCUAUUCAAUCUGAUUUGAAUGGCUCGAGAAUAAACACGGGAAUACAUACAGUGGGGAGAACAAGUAUUUGAUUGGCUGUGUAUAAAAUACUUGUUCUCCCCACUGUAUAUAUGUAUGUAUAUAUAUAUAUAUAUAUAUAUGUUUUUUUGCCUUUCAUGAAAAAAGUACAUCUUUUAAAAUGGGUCAGUUUGACAUUCAAGGUGACAGGAGAGUUGAACCUCCAAAUCUGAUGAAUGCUUUGCCUAUGAAGACGAUCACAAUGUUAUUUUUAUCAAUCACUAUCGUUUUGGUAAAGGCAGACAAGCUCUUGAAUGAGAGGUGUGAAUGGUCAUAUUUCUUCUUUUAUAUUAACAACAAAAAACUUCUUUUAACUCCAUGCUUUAAGCUUGUCAUUUUAAACGUGUUUAAUACAACCCGUUGUGUUAUCCAUGUGACGGGAGAAGCGCUAGAAGAGAAUAUAAAAAGAAAAUGUUUUGUGUUGACAUUAUAACUGAAACCCGAAAACAGUCCAUGAAACAAUCAGUAAGUAGUGCUGUGUCAUUUCAUUUCACACUAUAUGAAAAUCCAAAACGAUGUUCCGCUCUACUUACUGAACUGGUCUGUACAGUGGAUAUAAAAAGUCUACACACCCCUGUUCAUAUACCAGUUUUUUUUUGGGGGGGGGGGGGGGGUGUUUGAAAGCAAAUGUGCAACCCAGCUGAUGACUAUGACAGGGCUUUGUUCAUAAUAUAUUCAAAGUUGACAUCUGCCAAAGCUUACCGCAUUUUCAGCAAUCGACAUAAAAGUUACAAGUCUAUUUCAGACGUUUCAGUUUAAAUGAGGAAAAACUAAAUCGGCAACAAAGUGAAGAAGAUUAUCAAAAAUUUGAAAUAACUUAGUGUUUGCACAGAUAUUCAGGCUUCUAUGGUAAAGCCAAAAAAAAAAUCUGGCACCUCUGAUCUUCAUUUGCAGUUAUUCAGAACCAUUUUACAUGGCUGCCAUGGCAAUAGAUGCUGAUUCCAUUUGAAAUGAACCCCUAGUUUGAAUGGCUUUGGCGUCCAUUGCUCUCAGUGGCAGCCAUUGAAUUCAUAAUGGAAAAACGUUAUAACAUUUUAUUGGUCUCAUGUGUAGACUUUUUACACCCGUUGUACUGUAUGUGUGGAAUCAUCACUGCUUUGAAAUGUUUUGACGCAUGAGGACGACACUCUACGAUGACGACAACCGCAACCCGUUUAACUUGUGUAGCCCCCCCGUCCGCACCUCACAGCCCUGCAUCAUGUGAUGACUUCCAGUGUAAAGUUUGUACGUGCCGGUGUCACUGGGGAAAGGAGGAGCGUGAGCUGUUGACAUACCCGCAAAAAAAAGUACAUCAAUAAAUUGUUCAUUUGAAGGAGAAAGCUUCCAAGUUUCUUGGAUGGAAGUGAAUUGAGGAAAACCAGGAAAUUGUUGUGUUUCCCAGGAAGUUGAAGUGAAAUAUUCGGGGAGAGAAAGAGAGAAAAGGGAGACCUUUUGCUAUUUUGCAUAGAGUUUGCACAACGUAAAUUACUUCCAGCGUGGAGGAGGAGUCGCCGGGCAGGAGUCCACCCCAUGCACUCCACGGGGUUGAAGCCUAAGUUGCUAUAGCGACCCCCGAAGCCUGGCCGCGUCAUUGGUGCUUUGUAUCAUUUUGUUUGGGGAAGACGAUGUUCCGCCGUGGGAAUAAUGUUUGCUUUGCAACAACAAGCUUCAUCCUUUUCCUCGUCUGCUGCUUUUUCUUACUCCGCUGGAAGGAAUCCACAACGAGGAACCCGCCAAGCACACUGCCCCCACCGCCCCAUCCAGUUUAGUUGUAUUUGCGUAUGAAGAUGAAGAAGCCGAGACGAUGCUCAUCUUGAGGAGCCUAAUGCCGUCUGUCUGUCUGUCCCCCCCAACUUUGCAGCCAGGGUGAGUACGAAGGAGGACAAUAACGCUGCCCUGCUGGUUCUGUAUCUCUAGCACGGGCGGCUGUGGUAAGUAAUGAAAUUCAAUGGUUGUCAUGGUAACAGGUCCCACGACACAUGCGCAAUCUCUUCAAUUCCAAUCACCACAAGGCCUUAAAACGAUGAUAAAUCGUCGGUGUGUUUUUUAAAUACAUUUACGCAAAAAGUUUCGAAAGUAUCAUUUUUACUCGCUCAAAGUAUAGGCAUAGCCAAACAAGAUUCACAAUAUAAGUGGCAAAAUUAAAAUAUGCAGGCCAUAAUAUUCAAUUAGAAUUUAUGAUGUUGGGAAUCACUGUCAUACAACAAUGUGUCCCGUGUAUUUGUCAAGAGGACAAAAUCGGGGGGCAACAAAGCAAUGAUAUAACCAAUGCGAAACAAGAAAAAAGUACCAAACUCAACACAGAUUGUAAUAAAUAAUUUGUAACGUUCCUGCUAGUGUCAACAAGCAGAGACCAUUUGUUUGCAGAAAAUCAAAAUAACAAAUCCCCAAAAAGUUUCUUUUCUGUUAUCUUGCUUUGGAGUAGCAUACAGUAAACAAAGUGAGAUGGAUAUACUCUGCUCAUUUCAUGCACUUCUGCUGCUCGGGCUUGCAGAGUCUACUAGCUCAGUGCAAAUAGAACCUAAAAGCAUGACAUCACCGCAUUUCCCACGCGCCACUGGAAACAAGAUAACCAAAGCAAUUGGAGUCAGAAUGGGCCUGACAGUGUUCACACAACUGUUGCUUAUUAAAGAAGCCCAGGCUAUCUCAAUUUAGAGUCUGGCUGUACACACAGACAUCAGGUCUAGGGCACACUGACCUGUAGGCUAUUUAUCUGAAGUAUCAGGUUUCUUGUAAUGUCACAAAAGAUAGAUUUCAAAUCUAAAAUUCGAUGUUGGAGUGCAUUCAUGUACUGGACCGGUGUCCUCGACAUCUUCAAGGGUAAACUUGAUUAUUCCUCGAGCUUUGGAAACAGGUGGAUCUUACACAAAACCUGCUUGGAAGAGUUGGAAGGUUCUUCCAGCAUUGAAAUGUUCCGCUCGGUCAGGAAGUAUUGGAUGGUCAGGGUAUUUCAAGCGGGCAUGUUGUCCUGGCACACUGGACCUGAUCUUGUGGUCGAACACACUGGUUGAUUGUCCGGCCCACAAUUAGGUGGAAACUUACAGUUUGGGUUUGAAAUCUAUCUUUAGUAACACCAGUCCUGGAACCUUUCUGACGCAGCGCAUAUGUAAACUUGGUUUUAACUUAUUUUUGUUUUAAUCUAUGAAUGAGUCGGCUGCUGAGCAGAGACGUUUACUCUGUUCUGGUUUGCGACCAACCGUUGACUUAAAUAUGAAUUGUUAUUCAAAAUAUCAUUUUGUAUCCCUUGUUAGUCUUGUGACGAACCGCAACAAUCUUAUUGUGACAAUAUGAAGUUUACGUUCACGUUGAAUUAAUGAGGUGCAGUAUAUUGUUAAAAUAAGUAUAGUAUAAAUGUUGAUUCACAAGCAUCAAACAAGGAUGCCUCAGCUGUCCAAUUUCCUUAUACGACAAGUUGCAAAAGUACUGUGAAGUACAGUGUAUCACAAAAGUGAGUACACCCCUCGCAUUUCUGCAGAUAUUUAAGUUUAUCUUUUCAUGGAACAAC